UGGAAUUUAAAAUCGAUACUCUUGAGGCAAGACAUGCAAUUAGUAUCCAUUGUACCCAAUACUUCAAUUCAAUCUUUUAUGACUCUCUCUCUCUCUCCCUCUCUCAUAAUUAAAUUAAGCCUUAAUGAAAUAACCAUCUCUCUCUCUCUGUGUGUGUGGUUUCUUGUAUAUAAUGGUCUUUGCUCAGGCAAUCCAACCACCACGCAAGAUCUUUGAUCUGUUGCAAGUGGAAGAAGAAACAGAGCACUCCUCCGGAAACCCUCCUCCUGAAUCCAAAGGUUCCUUCACUUCCAAGGGUUCAUCGAGGAAAUAUCAGAGAUGAGCCGGAGGAACGGGAACGGGCCGAAACUGGAGCUGAAGCUAAACCUGUCGCCGCCAAGAGGGAGCAACCAGAGGAGGGUCAGAUCGCCGAGCCGCUCGGCCACGACGUCGCCGACGUCACCACCGAGCUCAUGCGUCUCGUCGGAGCUCAUCAGCAACAACGACGAGUCCUCGGUCAGAUACUCCACCAGCCCUGAAGCCUCUUCCAUGGUCCUCGUAGGCUGCCCUCGUUGUCUCAUGUACGUUAUGCUCUCCGAGGAUGAUCCCAAGUGCCCUAAAUGCAAGAGCACCGUUCUUCUCGAUUUCCUCCACGAAAACGCCGCCGCCGCAGGAGGAAAAAACCUGAGAAAAUGAGAGCCACGCGCCGCCGUGGCUUCGACGAGUAAAUCAAUCGUGAAGUAUCCUCUGUAGUUUUGUUUUACCCUCUCUCUCUCUCUCUUGUUUUUUUUUUGUCUUUUUUUGGGGAUUUAAUGUAGCUGCCUGUCUGAGAGUAGUGCUAAUCACGCUCCACUUUAAAAACAGAGCUAAAAAGCUCGGAUAUGAAACUAGGGUUCUAGUGAUCAUUUUCAGACCAGACAAAGGGUAAAAAAAAGAGAGUGGAGCGCGAAUAGCACUAGCUUUUCUUGUGUUCUUUUAAUAUAUUUUGUCUAUCAAUCGGAAUCCAAUGAGGAAGAAAUCUGUGUUGUUUGUUCUCAUU